CACAGGCGCGCGGAUGAGGACGGAGCCCAAAGUAAUCCAUCUCCUCCACGACAAUGUCGCUCGCCAGGGCGGCAAGUGUACUCGUACGGCCAAGACAGGCUGCUGCCACUUCUCUAGCGCGUCGCAGGUCCGCUCACUCAGAGUCUCAUGACGAGCAUCAUGACGCGCACCACGGCGAGCUCGAGGAUAUCGAUGUGUACCCGAAGGAAGAGUUUACGGGCAAGCGUAUGAGGCGCUUUCUCCUCCUCGCCUUUGGGGUCGUCGGAUUCUACAAGUUUGCCCCCGCACCAGGCGAGGACAACCCCAUCGCGCGUUUCAUCGACCACUAUCACACCCCGCCCGAGGUCUGGGAGAGAAUAUCGCGGAAACACCUGAUGCUGGCCAUGCAGGUCGCCGACGAUAAUCUGCUCGUCGCGACUGCGAAGCGGCCGCCUGUGCAUCGAUACCGUUCGCCAGAGAGGCUGAACAUGUUCUCGGCGUACGGUAACCCCGUGGGUGGAAUGGUGGACGUGAGCAAUGCUGUCGUGAAGCGCGCUGGAGAUUUCUAGAGAUUGUACAUGGAUCACAUUCUGCAUAUGCAAACUGAUCGAACGCUCUUGUAGUCGUGGUAAAGGUGUACAAGACCCGUAGACGUGUAUAGAACGGUAAGACACUGCGACCAACGGAAGCCACGAAUAGCCGAUCACAACUUGGCGGCCCUCCGGCGGCGG